AUGGCCAGGAUUGAAGAUGCACUAAAGGACUUGCUUCAUAGCAAGGAUACCGAGUACUCUGGUGAUGUUGGAGAAUAUCCCCAGCAUAAGGGCCGGUGUCCAGCACAUGGAGCAUUAGGUCUGACGCCUUUACCAGUCCGAACACCCCUGACUCCUGCAAAGUCGUUAGAAGACUACAGUCUACAUCGAGCACUGCUUGCAUCUGUGUCACCAGCCGUGUCAGCUUCAGCGGAGACUGAUAGCACUAACGCACACCCCUUGCUAGCAGCAUUUCCCACCGAAGAGGACGUGAAGAUAUUGCUCUUUGAAAGCUAUAGAACUUCACGCUAUACGUUGCUCGUCUAUACCCAGCCGCACAGUCAAUUGACCCCAGAGAACCUUGGGGCACCGUUUCUCCCUGAACAAUGUUUUACUGCCAGUACCCAUCCAGUCAUCAUCGCCAAACGUAUGCUCAUCCUAGCAAUCACAGCCCAGGCCCCAUGUGAAGAAUUCCUCGGACUUUCGGAGUCACCAACCGUACUCAGUCGCCGCUUAGUUACGGUCGCAGUGUCAUGGUUGGCGACCCAGGAUGAGAUUCACAGUUCCGUCGACAGCUUAGUGUGUAUAAUUCUCGAAGCUGUCUAUGAAACAAAUUGCGGCAACUUGCGUAGAGCAUGGAUUAUCUAUCGCAGGGCAAUGGCGGUUGCCCAAACGAUGGGCCUACACCGAUCACCAGUACCUCCUGUAAAACAGGUGGAUGCUGCACUUAACGUUGACCUGGAGUUCAUAUGGUUCCGUAUCAUCUAUAUGGACAGGUAUCUUAGCUUGUUGCUUGGCUUGCCACAAGCAACAAGUGAUAAGAGCAUAGGAGUUUCAUUGAACUCGCAGUUUGAACCGCCGCUUGGUCAAUUUGAGCGACAGCUUAACAUCGUUGCGUCGCUUAUUCUAGAACGCAACGACCGUACCUUUACUAUGGACGACAUUGUUACAACAAAAACUAUAGAUUCUAAAUUGCUUCAGAUAUCGACCAAUAUGCCUGCAAGUUUCUGGCGACCUCCCAAUUUCCAGACGCUCGCUGUAGGGUCACCCGAUAAUCUCCUAGAAGCAAUACGGUUAUCAGCUCACGUAUUUUACUGCGGCUUACUGAUCCAGCUUCAUCUGCCGUUUAUGAUGCAUGGAAUAAACAAUAACGUCAAUCCUGAGUAUUCCAAGAUGACGUGCGUUAACGCCAGUAGGGAGAUUCUAUCUCGUUUCAUUGCUCACCGGAACUUCCAGCCCAAGUCAUCGUGCUCACGACCCGUUGACUUCUUUGCGCUUCAAGCCUCAAUGACACUUUUACUUGCUCAUUUGGAUUCUCAUAACCACCACACCACAACAAAUUUUCUAGCCCACCAACGUCUCAGUGACCGCGCCGUGCUGGAUCAAGUGUUGGAGAGAAUGGAUCUGAUGAGAGACAACAAUAAAGAUGUAGUCAUGAGAGAUGCAGGUGGACUGAUUCGUCAAUUAAUCGAGAUCGAGGCGGAUGCAGCCAAUGGAGGUCGCUAUAAUGCUAGCACGCUUGUAGUGGAUGAACAAGACGGUAUGAAACGUAUUGCAGAUGAGGGUUGUGGCGAACUGCGUUUACCCAUUCCAUACCUUGGAACGAUCAAGAUAACUCGACAGGGAACUAUCUGCCGCGAGCUAUUACAACAGGCCACUACGAUAGGGCCGUAUCAAACUCCACAGACCAAUUUUCCGUCUCAGGAGCCAGUCUACAAUUCGUUUGCAUCCGUGCAUCAUACAUCACCGUCUUCCAAUGUCCACGAGCCAUUAAAUCAGUUGCAGGUUCCUCCCCGAAGAUCUCCAUAUCCUAGGGAGAUAAUGGCACCGGCACAGCUCAACAAUCAGCUUCAUCUUGAAGAUGCCUCCGCGGGGAUGCAUGAUUGGGCGUUUCAGGGUACUGAUGUGGCUUUCUUUGAUAGUUUAAUGAGAGCAUAUCCUGAUAUAGGACAGUAG